AUGGAGUCAAGACCUCCAUUGGCUCGGAAGCGCACAGCUGCUCAUGCCAGUGAUGAUGAGAUGGCUAUGGACGAGGAAAUUGUGCGCAGUCACCAAUUUUCAGGUUUCUUGAGGAGCCAUGUGAGCUCAGGCACGUCUGAUCCGAUAUCUUUUUCCAGCUCGUCCUAUACUCCAUAUUUUGACAGACAGCCUACAACGAGCUCUCCCCAUCUGCAGUACGUUCCUGAUGCCGAACUUGACAACUCAUACAUGACAAAUAACGCUUCGUUGGAUACCAUCCCGUCAUCUCCGCCAUUGAUUUCGCAGUCGCAGGCUACUUUGGUCGAUACUCCACCAAAAGUACUGGCGGAGCGCACGUCCUCUUCUCUCGCACCAGAGCCUACCAGAAAGCGGCAACGUGUAUUUGACAAUGAGGAGCAAUUGGCUUUGGACCGCGACGGUAGAGUCUACGGCGUGCAGCUACGAGAUUCAACGUUCCCUGAAGGCUACCGGCCAAGUCUAUAUGACGACCCAAUGUUUUUUGUUGUCAAGAACACAGAAACGGCAAGCAAAGCUGCCUCAGAGAUUAUUACAAACUUAUUCGAUCAAGAAGUCGAUCAUGCUAGCAAGAUAUACAAUUUGGAGCUAGAAGAGCUCGGAUUGAACUCGCUACCAGAGCAAAUAGCAGAUUUUAAAGACCUUGUUCUAUACGGGCCAGACGGGAUCAUCAAGCCAGUUCUGCACAUCCAUGCCUCUAAAAACCAGCUCAGGUCUCUCACUCCCAAAAUUUUUGAUAUUGACGGUCUGGAAGUGCUGUCUCUGCGCACCAACAAAAUAGCGAGAGUUCCAGGGCUCAUCGAGAAAUCGACCAAUCUGAAAAGUCUGAACUUAUCCAACAACAAGAUCAAGUUUCUGCCCCAUAAUACUCUCAACCUGAAAAACCUCCACACACUGAGGAUCAGGCCCAACCCGCUCAUCGAACAUGCGUCCAGCGAGAACACGCGUGAGGUAAAAGGCUACGAGUCUCCAUACCCAGACGCGACCCUGAAACAUGUUGACCAACUUCAUUGGACGUCGAAGAAUAAACAGGUUUCCAAAGCGGCCUUGAAUGCCAUUUCGCUCGCAAGGAAUCUAUCCGUCCUUCAAGAAACCGACUUUACGUCUUUCAGCUCUGAGCAAUCUCAUCUCAUGGAAAAACAUCAGUGGACCCCAACGCUGGUUGAGCUCUCGCUGCGGAAAAUAUCAAACUACCUGAUAUCCCAAGCAGAGCUUAUGAAGUGGAAAGACACGGUACACGAGCGAGUGUACAAUUUGGCCAUCAAGGCGCUGAUUCACGGAAACAACGGGGUCACGUGUGGAUAUUGCGAGAACACGUGUGUGGAAAGCGUCGCGGAACUGAUGGAAUGGUGGGAUUUCAAAGAUGCGAUAGAGGUCCCUGUGAAGCGACUUUUCUGUUCCAAACGAUGUGCGAUGUGUUAUUGGAACAAUAUUAAAGUGUAUAUUUCUUAG